AUGGAGCAAGAAGUGGUCUUCUGUCGUGGCCUCACAGAUUCCCUAAAGCGUUCGAUGCCGAAGCAUCGCUGGACCUCUGACGACAUUAGUCACGACAGUCACGGUUAUGACAUAGACAGGCUUGCGCGAGAGCUGUUUCUGCUACACGACUUGGAUGGUGACGGGCUGCUUGGGGAAGAUGAGCUCGUGCAGAUCAACCUGACCAUCGCAGUACUGCACCAUGGCGACAACGCAGACUUGGUUCAUGUCGAGGAUUCCUACCGGGCUAUGUUCCGCGAGCAGUUCAGCCCAGAGGGGCAUGACGCCAUCAGAUUUGGCUGCUUCCGCGGUUACUUGUUGGACCUGCUGAGAAACAUUGACCCAGAUGUUAAAGCGCAGAAGAUGAUCCUGGAGCAAUUUAUCACGGAAGCAGCGGUUGCAAGGGAAGUACGGUUUCAAGAGCUCCAGGCUUCACGAGAGGCUGGGGUGACCUUCCUUUGUUAG